AUGGAAAUAUCAAGAACUGCAGCCCUUUCAGUCUUCACCGCAUCGACAUUAAUCCUAACGAGCUUCGUCGUCUACGGUUACAAAACUGAGCCAACAUCGCCUCACCGGGCUCAUCUGCACCGAAUGCAAGCGCUUAAAGCCUCGUUUAAAGACGUUACAUCACCGUCAACGGCUGCCCCGUUUGUGUACCACGUGACAUCGUACGGUGCAGACCCGACCGGUAUACAAGACAGCACAGAAGCAAUCCUCAAAGCUGUGUCGGAUGCACUCGGCGGGACCGGAAAUGGGUUAUUGACGGACGGCAUUGUGAAUCUCGGUGGGGCCAGAGUCGAUCUUGACGGUGGCAAUUACUUGAUCAGUCGUCCCAUACGAUUCCCCGUAUCCCGGAAGGGGAACUUCGUGAUACACGGCGGAUCUCUGACGGCGGCCAACGACUUCCCGGACAAUGGCUACUUGAUCGACCUCUCCUCCGACUCCCCCGACCAUAACUCCGGAUACAACUAUGAGUUCGUAACCCUACGCGACCUACUCCUCGACUCAAACUCCCGAGGCGGAGGAAUCCAAAUCUCAAACUCCCUCCGAACAUCCAUCGACAAUUGCUAUGUGACACGUUUCAACACCACGGGCAUCGCGGCCAUCGGCGGCCACGAAACGUACAUCCGCAAUUCCUACCUCGGUCAAAUCCCAACCGCCGGCGGCGAUCACCGUGAGCGUGAGUUUUCCGGCACGGCCAUUGCCCUUCAUGGAAAUGACAAUGCUGUCACGGAUGUCGUCAUUUUCUCAGCCGCAAUAGGAAUCCUCGUGACGGGACAAGCCAACGCUAUAUCGGGCGUGCAUUGCUACAAUAAAGCCACGGGCUUCGGAGGGAUGGGGAUUUUUCUCAAGACACCGGGUUUGACCCAAACCCGAAUCGUCAACUCGUACUUUGACUUCACGGGUAUCGUGGCCGAGGACCCCGUCCAGCUCAGCGUCACGAAUAGCUUUUUCUUAGGGGAUGCUCAUGUUCUUUUCAAGUCGGUUAAAGGCAUAGUUAAUGGAGUAAAUGUCGUGGACAAUAUGUUCUCGGGAUCGGGAAAGAAUGUGGAUAUAGUGCAGCUGGAUGAAACGGGUGGGUCUUUUGCGCGGGUCGAUCAAGUUGUGGUCGAUAGGAACAAUGUGAACGGGAUGAGGCUGAGAUCGACGGUGGCCAGGGGAGGUGUGCAGGGGAACGGGAACAGCAGCUCGUGGGCGGUGGAUUUUAGCUCGGUGCUCGUUUUUCCGAACCUCAUCAGGCAGGUUCAGUACUCGUUUAUCUCAAGCGAUGGGAGUUUUCCGGCACACGUGCUGAGGAAUGUGUCGGAGAAUAGAGUUGUGAUUCAGGCAGAGACGGCAGUGGAGGCGAGUGUUUACGUGACGGUCGAUCAAGGGGCCGGUUUCUCGUCGAGUUGA